AAUGGGGGCUGGGCUAUUAAUACAAACUAAUAGAACGCCGCAUAGGCAGCUACGGCGGCGCACCGCAAUUGCAUGGUCUCUGGCUGCUCGUCUUCGCUGCGCUGUCCAUAAAUAGCGCCUCUCAACGGCCGCUCUCUUGGCUGACCCUCAAGAGCUGCUCUCUGUGGUCUGACCCGCUCGCGCCUCGCAGCCGAGGGUACCCUCAGCCCCCCGGGCGAGCCGAUUCUGCCCUCCUCCGGGAGCUGCUCUCUUGGUCUGACCCUAUGGCACCCAUACACGAUGCCGCACGCGACGCUGACGUCGAGACGCUCCGGCGGUUGCUUGCGGAAGAUGUGCCGCCAGAUACAGUCGAUAAUAUCGAUGAGGAUUGGGAAAGAACACCUCUGCAUGUCUUGUGCCGAAAUGUUGAAUGCGCUACGCGCGACCAUGAGGCCUGCAUCAUGCUGCUUCGCGACGCCGGGGCAAAUUUGGAAGCGACCGAUAUUGUUGGGCUCACGCCACUUCACUAUGCGGCUAUAAGUGGAAGUGUCGAAUUGGUGUCGUGGCUAGUUCAAAGCGGCGUUAAUCUCGAUGCUGCGUCAAAAAACGGUUAUACCACAGCACUGCACGUUGCGGCUGGCAGGGACAGCCGUGCAAAUUGCGUCGAAGUGCUCCUGGCCGCAGGCGCUUCUCCUCAUGUAAGAGACUGGAGCGGGUAUACGCCUUUCCGCGUUGCACUCAAAGAAGGGCCUCGCCGUACGUGGCCUUUAUUUCUCCGCGCGGGCGCUGAGAUACCCACAGAUAACACGGACCCGUACAUCGUACGAGUCAGAAACGCCGGCGGAUUCCAGAGAUACGCUCAAGCCCACGUCGUGCGGAUCGCGUCGAUCCUCGAAACGCCUCUUCUCCCGCCGGAACUCGUCCGGAAAGUCCUUGAGUUCUGGCUCCACGCGGCCUACUACUGAGUAGUGUAAAGCUAUGUUGUUUGAUG